AUGUCCUUCCUCUUCGGCGGCCAACGCCCCCAACCCUCCUCAGCGGAAAAGAUCGCAGCAGCAGAAGCCGAGAUCGAAAUGGUCUCCAACAUGUUCAACCAACUAGUCGACACCUGCACGAAGAAAUGCAUCCAACCGCAAUACCGCGAAGGCGACCUGAACAAGGGCGAAUCCGUCUGCCUCGACCGCUGCGUGGCCAAGUUCUUCGAAGUCAAUAUCAAGGUGUCUGAGAAGAUGCAGGGAGAGGCGGCGCAGAGACAGGGGGGUGUUGGUGGUGGGAUGUUGAGAUAG